UGUAAAUAUAAAGAACUGAGCUGUAGAGAAAGAGGCUAAUACUUCGUUUUCCCUGCCAUCGAGACAAUAUCGAUAUCAUGCUUCUCCUACAUUGUCUUCCCAGACCCAUCCAGCUCCUAUCUUCAUCUGCAGUUAUUAUCAAUCAUGACAGCCUCCAUAAAGCCUCUGCUUGUCUUGACCAGUACACCUGGCGCGGGUCAUGUUAAUCCCGUCAAGACUCUUGCGAAAGCACUCAUUCUUAACGGUUACGAAGUUACAGCCGUAUCAUCCAGCCACUACCAGAACGCAUUCGAGGCGGUUGGAUGCAGCUACGUUGCCAUCCAGGGCUAUGGAGACUAUUGGGAUGAAGAGCGUGAUGCGAAAUGGCCCGAGAGAGCUCUCAUACCCCCAGGACCAGAGCAGUUUUCUUGGACCAUGGAGCACAGCUUCAUGAGAGUCAUACCUGACCAGUUCGCUGCAGUUCAGAAGGCUAUCAGGAUGCUUAGAGCGAAGUAUCCUGACAGACCCGUCAUAUUGCUCAACGAAUCUGGCUUUUUGGGCUCGCUUCCAAUUACGAGAGGUGCCAGAGGUGUGAAGCCUGAUGGAGUUAUCGGCAUUGGUGUCCUUCUCGUGUCUCUGAAUAGCGUGGAUACCGCUCCAUUUGGGCCCGGUCUACAACUGCCCACGUCUGCUGCUGAGGUCGCCCAGUAUGCAGAAAUGAGGAAGCAUAUCGAAUCAGUACUCUGGGAAAAGCCGCUAAAGGUCUUCAAAGACAUUUUGAACGAACUCGGUGCCGAAAUACCGGAUGGCUACCGCCUUAAUUCGGAUGUAGUCUAUCUAUGGCCGGAUCGUUUCCUGCAAAUGUGCCCGCCAUCAACCCAGUAUCCAAGGAGCGAUGCACCAAAGACCUUUCGUUAUACCGGAGGACUUCCAAGGCUUCCGAAGAACACUGAAACAGGCGCUUCAGGAAAGCCUACGUGGUGGAACGAAGUUGUUGACAAUCCAACAAAGAAGGACGUUGUCCUCGUUUCUCAGGGUACUGUUGAACUGAACUAUGAAAAUCUAAUCAUACCCACAUUAGAAGCGAUAAAGGAUCGUCCAAACACAAUUGUCAUCGUUGUGCUUGGCAUGAAAGGAGCGACACUCGACUCGAGCGUCUCCAUUGCUGAUAAUGUACGAGUCGUGGAUUAUUUCCCGUUCGAUGACAUUCUUCCGUACUGUUCCGUUUUCGUCCAUAAUGGUGGAUACGGAGGUGUCCAGCACAGUAUCAAGCAUGGAACUCCUCUGGUGGUGGCAGGGGAAACCGAGGAUAAGCUGGAGAUGUGUGCUAUAGCAGCGGAAGCUCUCCGGGCAGCGAUUGAUGAGGUUAUCUCAGAUCCGAAGUACAAGAAGGCUUGUCGAAGGAUACAAGAGGAGAUCACGAGCUUCGAUCCCAUAAGGGUUAUUGCGGAGACCAUUGAUGAACUUGUUACUGAGGCCUAG